UGAUUGGUUUCUGUGGGAGACCCCGCCCACCUAGCCCCGCCCACCCCGCACCCUGAGGGAAGGCCGAGCGAAGAGGCGGUGGAGAGCGGCGCGCCCCCUUCUCUCCGGGCACUCUGGAGGCGAGAAUGGAGCGGCGCGAGUAGGGUCGCCAUGCCAUGGAGAGCCGGGGCUCGGCGGUGCUGGGCUUGGGGCAGCUGGUAGAGGCCCUUCCAUGGCGAGGGGCGCAAGACGAAGAGGAGGAGGAGGAGGAGGAGAAAGUGGGAGAAGAGGAGGAAGCGGCGCUGCGGGAGUUGCGCCGCCGCCGCGGGCGCUCGCGCUCCUUGCCGUCCAGCCCGACUUUCCCUCGGAGGGAAGGCGAUGAGGAGGAAGAAGAAGAGGAGGAGGGAGAGGAAGGGGGCGGCCCCUCUUCUUCCUCCUCGGCGGCGGCGGGGGCGUCCGGGUGCUGCGCCAAGUGCACGAAGAAGCGGGUGCAGUUCGCGGACGCGCUGGGCCUGUGCCUGGCCAGCGUCAAGCACUUCAGCGCCGCCGAGGAGCCGCGCGUGCCUCCCGCCGUGCUCUCGCGCCUCCAGAGCUUCCCGAUGCGCCACAAGGACUUGGAGCAGUUCAGCGCCGCCUUGGCCUCCCUCCGCGCCUCCUUCCGCGCCGCCGCCACGCCCCCCGAGCCGCCCCCCGUGCGCCUCCUCCUCCUGGAGCCUCCUCCUCCCCUCCCACAGCGUUGCCCCCCGGGCCCGGUCAGCCUGGAGGAGGCCUCCGGGAGCUGCGUGGCCGGGGCGCCCUCCGAGGCCAGCGGCGUGGUGCGCGUGCAGGCCGGCCCGGGCCCCAAGGAGGUGACGGUGCGCUACACCUUCAACGAGUGGCUCUCCUUCCUCGACGCCGCCGCCUCGCCGCUCUCUUCCCCCGAGCCCACGCAGGACCCCGCCUCCUCCGCCUCCUCCUCCUCCUCCUCCGUGGAGCGCUUCAGCUUCAGCCUCUGCCUGCCCCCGGGACUCGAGGAGGGCACCGUCGUCCGCUUCGCCGUCUGCUGCCGGAGCCCCCAAGGGGAGCACUGGGACAACAACGGCGGCGCCAACUACACCCUCAGCCCCGCCAACAGCAGCAGCGCCCACGAGCCCCGAGACUGAGGAGGGGGAGAGGAAGGGGCACUGGCAUUCAAGGCCCCCACUGGCUUCACAGCUCCCAAAUGCCAAGCAGCUUCCUGGACAAGCAAAUGGAUGGAGCCAAGAAGGGAAGCAUCCUCGUAUGAGCAAGGAUGAUUGUCCUCCAGAGGAAGUUAUGUCCAAGUGACUAGACAAGGCCUAUUCUGGACCUACUCUGGUCCUAAGGGGAGCACUGGGACAACAGUGGCACCAACUACACCCUCAGCCCCCCCAGCAGUGCCCAUACCUGAGACUGAGGAGGAGGAGAGGAAAGGAAGGGACAUUGGUCAUUCCCACUGGCUUCACUGCCUUCUGCACUUGAACCUCCUCCCCACCCCUGGAUGCUUUGAGCCUAUGUCCCUAUGGGAUGGGACUCUGUGCCUUUGGGGUCUCCUCUCUCUCAACUCUAGGACUCUACCAUUGGGGAUCCCUCAAAACAGCCUGUGUCUUUGGGUUUCAUCCAUUGAAAACGCAAAGGGGUCUGUCUUCCCUCUCAUUGAUUGGGCCAAGCAGCUUCCUGUACAAGCAGGUGGAUGGAGCAUCCUCAUGAAGGGCAAGGAUGAUUGUCCUCCAGAGGCAGUAUGUCCAAGUGACUAGGCAGGCCUAUUCUGGACCUAUACUUGUCCUAAGGGGAGCACUGGGAUAACAGCAGCGGUGCCAACAAUACCCUCAGCCCUCCUAGCAGUGCCCACGAACCCCAAGACUGAGGAGGUGGAGGAGGAGGGGAAAGGAAGGGGCAUUGGGGAUCCCCACUGGCUUCACCACCUUCUGCACUUGAUGGGACUCCGUGCCUUUGGGUCUCCUCUCUCCCAACUCUUGGAUUUUACCAUUCAAAGGGAUCCCUCAAAACAGGUUGUGCCUUUGAGUUUCGUCUAGUGAAGACACGAAGGGAUCUGACUUCCCUCUGAUGGUUUGGGCCAAGCAGCUUCUUGCACAAGCAGGUAAAUGGAGCCAAGAAAUGGAGCAUCCUGAGCUCUCCUAGCAGUGCCCACAAACCCCGAGACUGAGGAAGAGGAGGAAAGGAAGGAGCUUUCAAGCCCCCACUGGCUUCACCCUUCCCACUAUGCCUUCUGCACUUCACCCCCCCCCCCCCACACACCUUCUGCACUUGAGCCUCUUCCCCUGGAUGCUUUGAGCCUAUGUCUCUGCAGGGCAGACAGUUGUGGGACUCUAUGCCCUUGGGGUCUGGUCUCUCCCAACUCUAGGACUCUACGAUUCGAGGGGAUCCCUCAAAACAGCGUGUGCCUUUGGGUUUUGUCCAGUGAAAACACAAAGGGGUCUGUCUCCCCACCCUUUGAUUGGGCUGAGCACAAGUGGGUGGAUGGAGCCAAGCAGUGGAACAUCCUUGCAUGGGCAAAGAUGACUGCCUUCCAAAGGCAGUAUGUCCAAGUGACUAGGCAGGCUGGUUCUGGACCUAUUCUUAUCCCAAGGGGAGUACUGGGACAACAAGGGCGGCACCAACUACACCCUGAGCCCUCCCAGCAGUGCCCACAAGCCCAGAGACUGACGAGGAGGAAAGGAAGGGGCAUUCGAGGCUCUCACUGGCUUCACCUCUCCCACUAUGACUUCUGCACUUCACCCCUCCCACCACACCUUCUGCACUUGAGCCUCCUCCCCCGGAUGUUUUGAGCCUAGGUCCCUGCAGGGCAGAGAGCUGUGGGACUCCAUCCCCUUGGGGUCUCUUCUCUCCCAACUCUUGGAUUCUACCAUACAAGGGGAUCCCUCAAAACAGCCUGUGCCUUUGGGUUUCAUCCAGGAGGAAGACACAAAGGGGUCAGCCUCCUCCUGCACUUCCCCUGCACACAAGUUGGUGGAUGGAGCCAAGAAGUGGAGCAUCUUCAGGAGAGCAAGGAUGAUUGCCUUCCAGAGGCAGUAUGUCCAAGUGACUAGGCAGGCCUAUUCUGGAACUAUACUUGUCUCAAGAGGAGCACUGGGACAACAGUGGAGGCACCAGCUACACCCUGCGGCUUCCCUGGCAGCGUCCACCAGCCCUGAGACCAAGGACAAGGGGCAUUGGGGAAUCCCCAUUGGCUUCAGCCCUCCCACAACGCCUUCUGCACUUCAGCCUCCUCCCUUAGAUGAUUUGAGUCUAUGUCCCUAUAGGGCAGAAAGAGGUGGGACUAGGUGCCCUUGGGGUUUCUCCCAACUCUAGGAUUCUACCAUGUGAGGGGAUCCCUCAAAACAGCCUGUGCCUUUGGGUUUCAUCCAGUGAAGACACAAAGCGAUCUGUCUUCCCUCCCAUUGAUUGUGCCAAGCAGUUGAUGAUGCCAAGCACUUUCCUGUACAAGCAGGUGGAUAGAGUUGAGGAGUGCGGGCCAGAGAAAUGGAGUAUCCUCACCUGGGCAAUCUGUCCUGGACAAGAGGCAGUAUGUCUAAGCGACUAUGCAGCCCUAUUCUGGAUCCACGUGGCCUUUCAUGAUGACAAAACAGUGAGAAGACACCGAGAAGAGACAUAAAGAGGUCUUCCCUAAGGGCUUCAUUGUGCCAAGCAACUCCUUGCAACUACAUGGACGGACAGAGUUGAGAUGUGGAUACAAGAGUAUAUAUGUUAUCCUUUCCGCUUUUUGUUCCAGAACAUCAUCAGAAAUACUUUCCCCUUGGCUUGAUGGUUGCGACUUUUGUGGAUGGAGCGGAGUUUGUGGCUACAAGGAUGUUUGUGUGAUAUAUUUGCCUCUCCAUAUAUUAAGAGAGAAAGGACAGUGCGACUUCCAAAACAUUGUUACCAGUGUGAAGAUACUAUGAAAGUACAGGCAGUCUCCAAGUUACAAAUAUCUGACUUGCAUACAAAUCAUAGUUAAGAGCGGGGGUGAGACAAUAGCAAAUGAGAGAAUAAUAAUAACAAUAAUAACUUUAUUCUUAUAACCCGCCUCCAUCUCGCCAAAGGGAUUCAGGGCAGCUUACAUUGGGACCAAGUCCAGAAUCAACAGAGUUCAAAGUACAAAAUUAAAAUACAUAGCAAAACAAUAAGAUUCAUAGAAUUAAAACUGAGAAUGUAACAGCAUCAUCAAAAUACAACAAUCAACAUCAGAAAAUCGAAAAGUGGGCAUAAUCUGAUUUACUAGGGAAGGGCAGGGCUUGGGCAAAACCACAGGAUAAUAGGACCAGGCUGGGAAUAAAGUGCUGGAGAACCAGAACAACAAAUAAAUUAAGGCUGGAAAGGGAUGGUUGCAAGCUAAACUAUUCAAAGGCACGUUGGAACAUCCAAGUAUUCAAGUAUUUACGGAAUGUGAACAAGGUGGGGGCUAAUCUGAUUUGCCUGGGGAAAAAGUUCCAGAGCUGGGAGGCCACCACAGAGAAGGUCCUCUCCCAUGUCUCCACCAACCGUGCUUGUGGCAGGAGGGAGUGAGAGGAGGGCCUCCUAAGCAGAUCUUAGAGCCCACGCUGGUUCAUAGGAAGAGAUACAGUCACAAAGAUAAGCAGGGCCUGAACCAUUUAGGGCUUUAUAGGUAAGGGAAAUUUGCUCCUGAAAGAGUGAUCAUGGGGAAAGUGUGUUUCCACUAUCACUAAUCUUUGUUUCCACAAAAAGCCACUUUUUUUCCGAAAUCCAAUUAUCGCAGGGAAAGUAAGUGAGGUGAAGUCUAUUGAACAGCCAAACGAACACCACAGGGGUGUUGACCCGUCCCUAUGCUAUCUAAAGCUAUAUAAAUAUAUAUAUAUAUAGAUAGAGAGAGAGAGAGAGAGAGAGAGGCUGGAAUGUACCUGUUACGACUUACAUAAAAAUUCAACUUAAGAACAAACCCACAGAACCUAUCUUGUUUGUAACUUGGGGACUGCCUCGAAAUAACGGGGUCUCCCCUUGCCUUGAUUGUGCCAAGCAACUCCCUGCAACUAGGUGGAUGUAGUUGACAUGCAGAUACAGAGACGUGUGUGUGAUAUCCUUGCCUCUUCAUAUAUAAAGAGAAAGGAUGGGAGUUUGUUCCAGGAACAACUGUGAAAGUAAUGGCCAAACAGCUCACUGCAACUGGGCAGAUGGGGCUGAGAAAUGGAUACAGUGAUGUGGGCCCUCUUCUUAUCGAAAGAGAAGGAAAGGAGGGGGGUUACUGUUCCAAUACAAUGUCACCAGCAAGAAGAUACUGUGACAGUAAUGGCCAGCCUCGGAGAUAAAGGCAAAAUCCUCUUGCCUUGAUUGUGCCAAGUAACUCCCUGCAACUGGGUGGAUGGAGUUGACAAGUGAAUACAGUGACAUUGUUGUAAUAUACUUCCCCUUCUUCAUAUGUAGAGAGAUGGGAUGGAGGGAGUUUGCUGUUCCAGGAGGACAAUGUCUCCACAGGGGCAAAAGUUUGCAACCUGAAAAAGCUAUUUCUGACUUGUACCUUUUAUUUUUUCCUGGACACUUUGUGUAGGAAGCACUAAGGGACCCAGUGGUCACCGACAUAAACUUGGAGCAAUAUGUUGGGAGAUAGCCCAGUCUUGACAGAAUUGGAGAGAAAGUCUGAGCUCUUUGAAAGGAACUUUGUGUGUUUGUUUGGUUUGCACUAAGGUUUUGAGUCUCUGUCCUAGACUAAACAUGUUAGCUAAAUCAGACCAUAUGUGCUCUCAGAGUCUGCGAAAGGUAUGAGUUAUGUGUGUCCUACACAGUUCAGAGUGGGUUGAAACCUCCAUUACUCACUGACUUCAAAAUUCUUCCUAUGCCUAAGAUAGAAGGGCCCCAGGGCUUGUAAGAAGGUGCAAAAGAAGGUGGAUGGAAGUC